AUGGAAACCGACACGGUCAUUGUCGGCAAUGGGCCGUCGGCCAUGAUUCUUUCCUACAUCCUUCACGGCCACCUUCCAUUUUACUCAUCGACCCCGCCACAUCCCGACCCACUCCUGGACGCCAAGUUGAAGGAUGCGACCAGUCUACUAAAUGCCGAUGCGGAGGCGUUGACAGCUCAUUUUGCGGCCUCGCGUCUAUCAUAUUCAACACAGGCCCUGCCCAUAAAUGUUUUGUUAGAUACACUCGUGCGCCCGAGCGUCGAUAUCGACGAGGCUGGCACGGCCUCCAAUGUCGAGUGGCGCCAUGUGCCCGAAAAGGCCAUUCCGCACCUCGUAUUUGGGAAACCCACAAAGCCGGGAGGCCAAUGGACCGACGACCCCCACGGCGCAAGUUGGAAUAUCCAGACGCUGAGUUAUGCGGCAAUGCUCUCGUUGCCGGGCUACUCCUUUGGAGAUCACCACCGAAAGGUAACGGGAAAAGACCUUCCGCCAUUCACGAGGCCUACCAGGAGAGAGAUCGCCGACUACUUCAGAACCUACCCAGCGGCAGCUCAUAUCGAAGAUGUCUUUCGGUGUGGCGAGGAGCUGAAUGGCAUCUCUCGAACCACCAACGGGUUUUACAUAAAGUCCCAUGAUAUUCACUGUAAGCGGUUAGUGCUGGCAAGUGGGAUCUUUUCCGAAGUUCUCCCGCCCGCAUCAGUGCUACGGCCCUUACUUCAGACCCAGCGUCAAUCCAAUGUCCCACUCCUCGUGGUUGGAUCUGGUUUCUCGGCUGCCGAUGCCAUCAUCUCAGCCCCUGCAGAUCAAAAGAUACUCCAUGUUUUUAAAUGGUCUCCUGAGGAACGACCAUCGCCACUUCGGAGUUGCCAUCAGCAAGCAUAUCCGGAGUAUGCGGGUGUCUACCGGUUGAUGAAAAAAUCAUCCGUUUUUUCCACGGCGGCGGACAAACCUCGACGGCCAAAGGCACGUCGUGGCAUGUCCACUGGCUUCUUGGAAAGCCGAAAUUGGGAUGAGGUAUAUGAAGGUGUUUCCAAUGUGGAGAUCGUCUCUGUUGAAGUUCAAAAUGACCUGGCGCAGGUCAGCUUCCGCCGCGGGGACGGAUCCACGUUUUCUCGCACUGUGCGUGGACUGGUCUACGCUGCUGGUCGGCGAGGCUCACUUGGCUAUUUGAAUUCUGAACUCCGCAGUGAAGUACUGGGGCGUGAAGAUGAUGACAUGACUGUCUCAGCCCAAACUCUUCGCGGGAAAGCAAUGGAAAACCUCGAGGUUGCCCCGCAUGUGUAUAUCAUCGGAAGCUUGACAGGAGAUUCCCUUGUCCGCUUUGCCUAUGGAGGGUGUGUCUACACAGCAGGUCAUCUUAUCGGUGAACGGGAUGCCGACCAAGAAUCGCGCAGCGCCUGUGGCAGUACUGCGUCCAUCAAGCCCCAUUUAUCAUCACUACCCGUCAUGAACGGAAUAGAUGGUCACCAGGUCUAUCCAGCAGACACCGCGAACCUGACGCGAGAAGAUACCGCCAUCAGCAAAGUAUCCACUGUGGCAGCAUCUACCAAUAUACAGAGCUUGUGGCAAGCAGUUGCACGCAUGUGGAAAAAUUUGACGCGAUGA